AGAAAUGUAUAAAUAUUAAAAUAAAUUUAACGCCGCGAUCUACUGCACUAAUAUUUCUUCCCAAUUAUUGCUUUCGCUCACCGAUUUUUACGAUGUUUGCUUUAUUUGAAUUAUCAACGGUGUCUUUUAUUGUGAAUGAACGGCGUACAGAGUGGUGUCGAAGCAAGUUCUGUGGAGCAGCCGCCAUGCGCCUCUUGAGAGGCACGGCGGCGUUGGGUGGAGGGGUUGGUUUCCUUUGACGUCUCCUCGUGAUCUGCAAAUCAUGGUUUCUUGCACGAUUGAGCACUUGGUUGAUCCAAAAAGCCCGAAAUAUGUUGACAAUCUGCAGGUUAUUACACCUCUAAACCACUUGCAUACAAUGUCCCUAAGAAACCCAUGAAUGUAAUAGACUCUUGCUGGCGAACCAAGUCCGAUUGGGCCAUCAAUCGCAAAGCCUUGGCCGAUUGUGUGGUCGGCUACGGUAAAGCAACUCUAGGAGGGAAAUACGGAGCGAUUUAUGUCGUUACGAGCCCUUACGACGAUCCCGUCAACCCUAAACCCGGCACGCUUCGUUAUGGUGUUAUUCAAUCCGUUCCUCUUUGGAUCAUUUUCGCUCGAGAUAUGGUCAUCAAGCUGAAAAACGAAUUGAUAGUGAAUAGUUUUAAGACCAUUGAUGGUAGAGGGGCUAAAGUUGAGAUUGCAUAUGGACCUUGCAUAACAAUUCAAGGUGUUACCAAUGUUAUAAUACAUGGUAUUAGCAUUCAUGAUUGUAAGCCCGGGAUGGCCGGUCGGGUUAGGAGUUCCCCGACACAUGUAGGGAUGCGCGGAGGGUCUGAUGGGGAUGCAAUCAACGUUUUUGCGUCUUCAAACAUUUGGAUCGAUCAUUGUUAUCUCGCACGGGCUAAGGAUGGUCUUAUCGACGUGAUUCAUGCUUCAACUAGCGUCACAAUCUCUAAUAAUUAUUUCACUCAACACGAUAAAGUAAUGUUAUUAGGACACAAUGACAAGUUCAUUGCGGACAAAGUCAUGAAAGUGACAUUAGUUUUUAACCAUUUCGGUGAGGGUCUUAUCGAGAGGAUGCCGAGGGUCAGGAUAGGCUAUGCACAUGUUGCUAACAACAAAUACGACGAAUGGAAGAUGUACGCCAUCGGUGGUAGUGCAAAUCCGACCAUUUUCAGCGAAGGGAACUACUUCGUAGCGCCCGAUAAUCGUAGUUCCAAGCAAGUUACGAAAAGAGAAGCAACAAAUUGGCAAAACUGGAAAUGGCAAUCUUCAAAGGAUGUGUUUAUAAAUGGUGCAUAUUUUGUACCAUCUGGUUAUGGUAGCUCUGCUCCUCUCUAUACUCGAGUUCAAUCGUUCACCGUUGCUCCGGGAUACAUGGUCCCAGUUUUAACAUCAAACGCCGGUCCUUUACAUUGUCUUGUCGGGAAACCGUGCUGAUUUGUUUGACUUACGGUCCGGUUUUCACCCUUGGCAGACAUUGUUGUUCAGUUAAAAGAACCAAAUAAAGAAAGUUAUGACA